AACACUUCAGGACACAUUCAGCAGGCUUCCCAGGGUCCAGCUCGUUCUGCUUUCCAAAUGACUGCAACCUAAUUGCUGCAAAUCUACAGUAGUCCCUGGAGAGGAUGAAGUGGUGAAAGGAUGGGGCUUUCUCCUGCGCGAUUGCACAAUGGCCAGAGAGGACUCUGUGAAGUGCCUACGCUGUCUGCUCUACGCCCUCAAUUUACUUUUCUGGCUGAUGUCAGUAUGUGUUUUGGGGGUUUCUGCAUGGAUGAGAGACUACAUAAAUAAUGUACUCACGCUGACAGCGGAAACAAGGGUGGAAGAAGCUGUACACCUCAUCUACUUCCCUGUGUUCCAUCCAGUGAUGGUUGCUGUCUGUUGUUUCCUCAUCAUUGUGGGCAUGCUGGGUUACUGUGGAGCUGUGAAGAGCAACUUGAUACUUCUUGCCUGGUAUUUUGGAAGCUUGUUGGUAAUUUUCUGCAUUGAGUUAGCGUGUGGAGUCUGGACGUAUGAGCAGGAAGUCACGGCUGUAAUUCAAUGGUCUGAUAUGGUUAGUCUGAAAUCCAGGAUGCCAAAUUAUGGCCUACCUAGAUACCAGUGGUUGACUAAUGCUUGGAAUUUCUUUCAAAGAGAGUUCAGGUGCUGCGGAGUGGUGUAUUUGACUGACUGGCUAGAGAUGACAGAGAUGGAUUGGCCCCCUGAUUCCUGCUGUGUGAAAGAAUACCCAGGAUGCGCCAAACAAGCACACCAUGGAGAUCUCAUCGAUCUAUAUCAGGAGGGCUGCAGCAGGAAAAUGUACAGCUUCCUAAGAGGAACAAAACAGCUGCAAGUGUUACGGUUUCUGGGAAUUUCUAUUGGCGUUACCCAGAUUCUAGCAAUGAUUCUCACUAUAACCUUGUUGUGGGCUCUGUAUUAUGAUCGUAAAGAUCCCAGAACAGAUCCAAACAUACCUCUGAAUCUUGAAAGUACACAGUACCAAUGUCAUCCAGUGGACACUUUGCAGCCACAACUGUCAAGGACUUCUGAUCAAAGAACUACUGCCAAUGGAUUAAAUACAUAUCUUGAAAUGGAUGAACUGUAACUAGUUGCAUUUACUGUGUUGGUGCAAGUGCCAGGGGUUUUGUUCUGCAGUUGAAUUUUAUAUUUAUGUCAUUAUGCA